UGGGCGGAGACGGUUGCCAGGCAGGAGGAGGCUGGCCGGGGGGCGGGCGGUGUUUCCGUUGAGGCGCACAUCCGGGAGGCGCUUCCGGGUUCCUUUGUCCCUGGCGUCGCAGCCCGGCGCCUUCCCCCGCCCCCCUCAGAAAAUAAACAGGUUACGCCAUCAAAAUGUCCCAGUUCAAGCGCCAGAAGCAACUGCGAACCAGCAAUCUUCAGGGAGCUAGGUCGUUCUCAGGAACCCAGCCAGCCUCUUUAUUGGGACCUGCACCUGGCCUAUUAAAUCCUCCUAUCUCAGCAGAUAUUAUUCAGGCAGCACGGCAUCUCCAGGGGGGAGAGAAGCAGCGUGUUUUUACUGGAAUUGUCACCAGCCUCCACGAUUACUUUGGAGUAGUGGAUGACGAAGUUUUCUUCCAGCUAAGUGUGGUCAAAGGCCGGAUGCCACAGAUUGGGGAAAAGGUGCUGGUGAAAGCCGUCUACAACCCAAGCCAGUCAGUGCCCUGGAAUGCCUUGAAGGUUCAAACACUGUCCAAUCAGCCUCUUCUGAAGGCUCCCACACCUCUGCUGCAUGUGGCCUCCUUAGGACAGAAGCAAGGUAUCCUGGGAGCCCAGCCCCAGUUGCUGUUCCAGCCUCACCGGAUCCCCCCACUCUUUCCUCAGAAGCCUAUGAGCCUCUUCCAGACGUCUCCGGCACUCCAUCUGGGUCACCUUGGCAGAUACAGUGGUCGGAGUCCAAAGGGCAGGCAGGACCUGGGUAGAUGGGAUGACUUUGAUUCCAAGAAGCGGAAGCAGAAGGCUGGUGAGCCAUGGGGAGUGAAGAAGCCACGGUACGAGCCCCCUCAGUACCGGGUCCAGUUGGCUUGCUAUGCUGUGAACAGCCCCUUCUGUGAUGCCAUGGAAAUCUUGAGGCGUUACGCCAGUAUCCAGUUGCCCAAAGAGUUCUAUGAUGUUCGCCUCUCUUGGCUGGACACCUUCCCACUUGCUCAGCCACUGACUCUUCGACAUCCCAGCCGGAUCCAGGUGGCCAGUCCUGGUGAAGAGGUGCCUCCAGCCGACGAGGGCACCACACUGGAUGCUCAACCGGAGGACGCCAACUCUGCAUACAGUGCCAAGGUUUUGCUGCUGUCCUCUCCGGGCAUAGAAGAAUUCUACCGCAAUUGUUUGCUAUAUACUGAAGAUCCCAGUGACCAUAAGGAGAGUCCUGAGCACCCAACAAAGCAAAUUAAGUUCUUGCUAGGGAAGAAAGCAGAUGAAACAGUGUUGAUUGGAGGGCAGUGGUCUCCAUCCCUGGAUGGUCGUGACCCAGCUGCAAACCCAAUGGUCCUGAUCCGCACAGCCAUUCGCUGUGCCAAAGCACAGACUGGGUUGGACCUGAGUGCCUGCACGAAGUGGUUCCGGUUUGCCGAGUUCAGAUAUCUGUGUGAGGGCAGCCCUUCUCAUCCAGAACAGACAGUGGUCUUCCUGCCAGAUGUUUGGAGCUGCAUGCCGUCUCUUGAGGAGUGGGAAGCCUUGUGCAAGCAGAAAGCUGAAAAGGUUCCACUGCCAUUGGAAGAGAAAGCUGAGGUGGAAGAGGACGCUGAACAGGCCUCUGAGCAGGAGAUGGAGGCCAGUGAACAGGAAGCAGACUCCACCGGAUCUGCCCCUGAGCCAGCUCUUGAGGCCUCUGCAGCUGAACCGGAGACCCCGACACCCCGCUUGGAACCUGCCAUCAUUGCUCACCCCCAGCCAGCCCUGCAGGGUGGGCAGCCCAGCUGCACCAACCUCUCCCUUGGCACUCUGCUGGAGUACAGGCGGCAGCGAGAGAAGCUCUCCUUUGAGGUGGCAGUGGUGGCAGAGUUCUUCCAGGAGAUGCUUCAGCGGGAUUUUGGCUUCAAGCUCUACAAGGCAUUGAUGGCCCUACCGGAGAAGGAGGAACCGUUGGAGGCAAAGCACCCCGAAGCGGAGAAAGCCGCUGAACUGGAGAAGGAGGAAGAGAGUGAGAUGAAAGAAGAGUCUCCCAGGAGUCUAGGGACAGAAGAGACACCUGCCAAUAACCAGGAGGAAGUGCAGAAACAGGAGGAGAAGCCAGCAGGUCACGAUGGGGCCAACACAGCUAAGGACGAGAAGGCUAGUGGGAACGUCAAAGCAGACCCCAAGGACUCUACAGAUGAGCUCUGUGACCUGAGCCUGGAGGAUGACCUGCUGCUGCUGAGAGAGGAUGAGGAGGAGGAUUUUGGUGUCAAGUUAGAAGAUGCUGAAGUGCGAUCGGUUGCUUCAAACCAAUCAGAGAUGGAGUUCUCCUCGCUUCAUGAUGUGCCCAGAGAGCUGGACCCAAGCGCUGUGUUGCCACUGGAUGCCCUUCUUGCCUUUGUUUACUUUGACUUGAAUUUCUGCGGCUACCUGCACCGGAGGGAUAUGGAGAAAGUCCUCCUCACCUUGGGCCUGCACCUCUGCAAAGAGCAGGUGAAGCGCCUGGUGAACAGGGUGGUGACGCAGUUCGUGUGCCGCUACCGCAGCCUACGCUACAGCCGGCAGGAAGGGACUGAGCCAGGCCCUAAUGAGGAACCGCUCGGCAACCUGGCUUUGUUGCACUCGUCCGCCUCCCUUCCCAAGGCUCCUGCCAAGCCUACCCUAGAAACUCAGCCUGGCAGCCUGGUUAUGUUCAACGGGGCUGCCCUCAACGUGGGCAAGCUGCUGGAGAAGGCAGAACAGACGGAAAACAGCCGCCUCUAUUUGGAGAACAAAAUCCACACCCUGGAGCUCAAGUUGGAAGAGACGCAAAACCGCUUCUUAUCGACAGAGGCUUCCAACAAGGUCCUGGCAGCGGAGGUGCAGGAAUUACAGAAGCGUCUCGGUGAGAUGGAGGAACAGUCUAAAGCGGCGGAGAGGCAAAAAUCCCAGUUCCAGAGGCUGCUGCAGGAGAAUAAGAAGCGCCUGGUUCCGCUGCAGCUGGAAAUCCAGAAGAUUGUUGAGAAGACCAAUAACUGCUUAGAAAAGAAGGAACCAACACCGACGGCAGCUUCCAGCAACUGACAUUCCUUGGAGAGGCAGCUCAGCAGGGAAGAUCAGUACCCUGGUGUGGUAUUUUGGGCUGUGGGUUAGCGGUUGGGGUGACCUUUGGCUGCCCCAUGAAAGGCCGGAGCUGGUUUUCAUCCUAAACCACCACCUCAGGUUUGGGGAAAGGGCCACCUAGUCUAAGCAUGGCUGGGAUCUGCAGUUCAUAACGCUGGAGCCACCAUUAUUGUUUAAAGGAUUCCCAUUAGGUAGGAGUUUUGAUGGUCUAUUGUGUGAGUGGAGAAGCUGCAGCCCAGGUAGUUUCAGGCUGCCUGCAAGCAGCGCGUGUCUGCAGGGAAGUUCCUCCCAGUGCUCAACCCGAUGCAGUUAGAAACGGAGCGCAGGUGCCCCACGGCUCCGAGGGACAGGGCAUGGCUAGCCUCUUUGUGCUGCAUGGAGACCCCCCCCAACCCCCCCCCCACGCUUUUGCUCAAGGAGGUGGUGUUCGGCUGCUUCUUGGCUAAAAGGUGCUUUGGGAAAGGCACAACGGAGUGGUCAGAACUGGCAGGAUUUUAAACCAACGGUGGAAGCAGCGCAGCCGAUUCUCCCCCCACCCCCCAUGGCUGAUCCAUUCAGUGCUGCAGGCUAGUUAGUGGCUCUUGCUGGUGUUGCGAGGCACUGACGGGGGGGCUGGCUGCUGUGGUGGGAGUUCAGCCCCUCACCCAUUCAGCACAGUGCAUUGGUGGGUCCUUUGACUGCUUCCAGGCCAGUCAUUGGCCCUCUGCAGCUUCACACCCCAAGCAGCCUGCUAGGUCUACACCAGCCUUCACGCGCAAGUGAUGUUCUUGGUCACCAGGACUGGGCUUAAGGCCUCAGACGUGGUAGGAGGUGGGCUGCAGUGCGGUCAAUGUGGGCUUUGGGGGAGGAGCAGAUUUCAGGAGGGCUGCGGUAGGGAACCCUUUGGGUCCCUGUGGUCGUCUCGAGCAGAGUGGCUGGGCCUGCCAGAGACGCCCGCAGGAGGCGCCGACUGUCUCUGCUCUGGCCACCUGCUCCCCCAUCCUCACAGGCGGUCUGUCACUUCUGGAUGUGUUGCUUUUAGUCUGUAAACGUGGUAACAACUUGUAUUUAACUGGCCAAGGUCCCUUUUAUAAAAGUCUCUUCCUCA